CGCGCCUCCGCCGCAGCAGCUGGCACCUCCAAUUUUGAGGCAUUGACCUCGCACUAAAAGCAGCAAGUUCGUCUCUACAUUGACUCCCUCCUCGAAUGGUAUGGAACCAGAAAAUGAAUUUGACGGCGGUGAAAGAGGAAAAUGAGGUGAUAGAGGGCGAUUUGAAUGUUGUUGACGUUGGAAGUGGAGUAGGGCUUCCUGGAGUGAUUCUGGCCAUGGCAUGCCCUAGUACAGUUGGAAGCAGAAUGUUCAAAUUGUACGCGAUCGAGCUGAGAUUGAAUUUAUGUCAAAGUGGAGUGUGUUUGGUUAAUGAGGUCUACUAUUCUAGCUGUUCUGUGGACAAAAACCUUGACUACAGAGAGAACUUUGACAUUGCAGUUGCUAGAGCUGUUGAAGAAAUGACUGAAUAUUGCCUUCCUCUAGUCAAUGUUGGUGGUUUGUUUGUGGCAGCUAGGGUCAUGAUCCAUGGGAGGGAAGUUGCAAAAGCUGAAAGAGCUAUAGCCAUUUGA